GCUGUCCCUGGUGGCUCUGAGGUGGCCUCAGCAGUGUCAGGGGAUCAGCCCUGCAGCUCUCCCUGUACCCACUCCCCCAACGCUGUGCUCCCUGUACCCCAAACCCUCCCUCUGUGUGUGUCCCCCUGGCUGUCCCUGAGCCCCUGGCUGUCCCCACAGAGCUCCCUGUGGCCCAUGACCUUCGGGCUGGCGUGCUGUGCCGUGGAGAUGAUGCACAUGGCCGCCCCUCGCUACGACAUGGAUCGCUUCGGGGUCGUGUUCCGGGCCAGCCCCCGCCAGGCCGACGUCAUGAUCGUGGCAGGGACCCUCACCAACAAAAUGGCCCCGGCCCUGCGCAAGGUCUAUGACCAGAUGCCAGAGCCUCGCUACGUGGUGUCCAUGGGGAGCUGUGCCAACGGUGGGGGCUACUACCACUACUCCUACUCGGUGGUGAGGGGCUGUGACCGCAUCGUGCCCGUGGACAUUUACGUGCCAGGUUGCCCUCCCACAGCUGAGGCUCUGCUCUACGGGAUCCUGCAGCUGCAGAGGAAAAUCAAGAGGGAGAAGAGGAUGCAGAUCUGGUACAGGAAAUAGCCUUUAUUUAUGUCCCCACUCACUGCUCACAUUUACGCACAAAUCCGGCUCCUCACUCGCCUUCAAUAAAACUCUACCUGGUCCAGGUGCUUUUCUGUCUUUAAUAAACCCCUCUGGUCUGAGGGGCUGAAAAACUGGGCUAAAAAGCAGGAGCUGAGUUUGGUAACACUGCUGAGUUGGUCUGAACAAUCUGUCAGGGAAGGUGAUGUCAUAUCGUGACAUAAAGGCUUUGCCAGAAUUAUUUUUUUUAAUUUUGUUGGGAAGUUUUGAGAGCCAACACAUGUCCAGGUGAUUCCUGAGCACUCCCUGAGCUUAUCCCUUACUCACCACCUGCUCCUUGUUGGUAAUUCCUACACAGGAUUUAAAAAACCCAUAAUAUUUGUGUGCACAGGGGCCAGAAAUUAAUUCUGUUUCUGUAACAAGUCAAAUACUGAUGCUUAAAAUCAGAAUGUAAUUAAUAAAUGUGAAUGUAGAGCUCCUGAGCAGGGCAGGAAUAAAGCAGCCUGUCCUGGAUGCAUCCCAGGAGCCUGGGAUGAGGAAUGGUCAUGCCUGAGGGACAAACACACUUUGGAAAGACAAAUAAAUCGCUCGGGAACAG